CUGCUACAUACUUCUGGAAAUGUAUUUGUUAGUAUUUCACGAAAAUAAUAAAUACCACAAAUGCAGCACCAGGCAUUUGACUGCGAAAUUUAAUUUGAGAGACAAUUGAUCGACCUCUCUCGCAAAAUUGUAAACAUGAAGAGACGAGCACAUAAGACAAGACGCCAACUUCAGGCAGAAAAAGAAAAAACUGCCAAACAACUUGUAGAAAAAGCAAAUGCUCUGAUAGAUCCACUUGCUACUCUAGAAUGUUUUCGCAAAUACAAAGCCAAAGACGGAGCUUUAAUUGAGGUCACAUGUCAGAGGGUUAAAGAUUUGUCAAAACAGACCGUAUCUUGGAUUCUUGAUCUCAUGGAACGCAACAUGAAACAAAUGUACGAGCAGUCUGCAUGGGGCUGGGACCUUGAGGCUAAGCAGACUGAAUUAUUAGAACCAGCUGCUUGGUAUUUAGUGGCAUCUGCUGACGACAUACCAAUCGGUUUUUCCCACUUCAGAUUUGAUAUAGACUAUGGUGUAGAAGUGCUGUACUGCUAUGAAAUACAGCUUGAACCAUCAUCCAGGCGCAGAGGAUUAGGCCGUUUUAUGAUGCAAGCAUUGGAAUCAAUGGCCUUUCAAACCCAAAUGCAAAAGGUUGUUAUGACUGUCUUCAAACACAAUCCUGCAGCAAUAUCGUUUUCUCAUUCUCUUGGGUACCGGCUUGACAGCACAAACCCUUAUACCACAGAAAAGGUACAUUACAUCAUUCUUAGCAAACAGAAUUUGUGCAUUGUCAACCCUAAGACAGACUAAACUCAUUCCAUCAAGUAACAAUACAUGAAAACUAAGAUUG